CAAUUUGUGCAGUGCUGACAUUGUCAAUGAACAUUUUCGUGUUGUUGUGGGAUUGGGAAUAUUUUUGUCGUAGAAAAUAAGUUAUUGAUUUUUCAUAAUCACAUUAAUUUAUUCCUUCAAGUUGUUUGAAAUUAUAACAUUUAUCAAAAUUUAUUGAAUGGUGCAGUUCUACUUUGCUCAUUCUAAAAACCAGUGAAAAGACAUGGGAGCUGUUUUAGGUCUUUGUUCAGCAGCCCAGCUGGCCUGCUGCUGUGGUAGUGCAGCUUGCUCAUUAUGCUGCUCUGCGUGUCCAUCGUGUGCCAACUCCACUUCCACUCGGCUUAUGUAUGCAGUGAUGCUCCUGCUUGUCACGAUUGUGGCCUGUAUCUGUCUAGCUCCAGGACUCCAAAAUGAAUUAAAGAAAGUACCAUUUUGUGCAAACUCCACUGCAGUGCUACCGAGUGACAUCAAAGUUGACUGCAACCAGGCUGUCGGGUAUCUUGCUGUGUACAGAAUCUGUUUUGCGGCAUGCCUUUUCUUCGUUCUUAUGGCUCUCGUAACAAUUGGUGUGAAAUCAUCGAAAGAUCCUCGAGCCGGCAUCCAGAAUGGGUUCUGGGGCAUCAAGUACCUGCUGGUGAUCGGUGGCAUCAUCGGCGCGUUCUUCAUACCCGAGGGUCAGUUCGCGGCCACCUGGAUGGUGUUCGGCAUGAUCGGCGGCUUCUGCUUCAUCAUCAUACAGCUCAUAUUGAUCAUCGACUUUGCGCACUCCUGGGCUGAGAGAUGGGUUUCCAACUAUGAAGAGAGUCAGUCCCGCGGCUGGUACGCGGCGCUGCUGCUGUCGAUGCUGACGUGCUUCGCGCUCACGUUGGCCGGUAUCGUGCUGCUUUAUGUCUUCUACACUAAGUCGAGCGGCUGCGACCUGUCCAAGUUCUUCAUCUCGAUCAACCUGAUCCUGGUGGUGGCGGCCAGCGCGGUGUCGGUGCUGCCGAGCGUGCAGCAGCACCAGCCGCGCUCGGGGCUGCUGCAGUCCUCCGUCGUGGCGCUCUACGUCAUGUACCUCACCUGGUCCGCGCUCGCCAACGGGCCCGCCGACUGCAACGCCAUCUCGGGCAGUGAGGACACAGAGCCGACGUACUGGACCUCGUUUGAUAAGCAAUCCAUCAUUGGGCUGGUGAUCUUUGCCUGCAACGUAGUCUAUUCCAGCGUUAGAACAGCAUCUUCGUCAUCCAAGAUCACCAUGUCCGAACACAUUCUAGCCAAGGAAGGAAGCGGAGGCCAAGGAGGGCUCAUUGCAAACGAAGGGUAUGAUUCCAUAGAGGGCGCCGACGGCGGCGAGGCGGGCCGCGACACCAAGGUGUUCGACAACGAGGGGGACGGCGUCGCCUACUCCUGGACCUUCUUCCACAUCGUCUUCGCGCUCGCCACCCUCUACAUCAUGAUGACUCUCACCAAUUGGUUCAAUCCAAGUUCGGAGUUAGCGAAGACCAACGUGGCGUCGAUGUGGAUCAAGAUCACGUCGUCCUGGGUGUGCGUCGGCCUCUACGUGUGGACGCUGGUCGCGCCCAUGGUGUUCCCAGACAGGGAGUUCAAUUAAUGCUACACCUUAUCAAACUUUUGUUCGGCUGAUGUGUAACUUAAACUUUGUUAUUCAUUAAUUUGUAAUAACACAAAAUUUCAGCAUCAAGAUUAAGCUUGUAAAAAAAAUUCUCAUGUUUCGAAAUAAACGUGGGAGGAUUACAUAGUGCUUGAAACCAGUUUAAAUGUUCAGACAAUGGAUGCAAGUUUGACAAAAUAUUAAUUUUAUUUACAUAACAAGAAAGUCACUUUGAAUAUUUUUUUAUGAGGGUUAAACAUGAACAAACAUAGAUGGUGGAAUGAAUAAAGUCAUUCUUCAUUCAAAAAUCUAUUUAUGUCGUGAAACGAAUUAUUUUGGUAAGUACCAACUCAAGAAGUUAUGAUAUUGAUGAUCUUAGAGCUGCUUUAUUUUCAUUCUUUAAUAACACUUUUUAAUCUUAUUACAUUAUUAUUGCCCCAUAGGACACGUAGAAUGUCUUAGUAUGCAUUUUAGAUCUCGUAUGUUACAAAUUUAUCUUAUUAUACAUAAUGUAUUUCAAUACUUUCUUAUAUUUUUUAACCUAUUCUUCCACAAUUUUGAUCUUUCUUAUAAUGACUGGUCUGUGUAUAUUAAUUAUUAAUAUUUUUGUAUAGCUACCUUAGGUUUAAGUCAUUGCUUUAAAUGUGUAUUAUUCAAAUAAAAUCCCUUCAUCCAA